AUGUCACAAAGAGCCUCUUCACAAAAAGCGACGGGGCUGGCCCCCUCGCAGAGCCGCAACGAUGAAGCCACGGAGGAGCUUUUGGGGGGGCCUUUAGACAAACCGUUCCCCUGCCGGCAUCCUCGGCACGACCCCCGACCCGAAAGGCCCCAGGGCGUCGUCAACCCCAUUGGGGCGUCUGUCAAUGAGGGUCCAGUUCUGUCUGGGCUCCACUGGGCAGGCACCCCCGGCAAGGAGAUCGGCCGGCCCACUGGGUACUCCAACAAGGAGCCUGGCCAGCAGCCUCCAGGGCCCACUGGGCACCCCAACGAGGAGCCUGGCCAGCCCCUAGGGCCCACUGGGCACCCCAACGAGGAGCCUGGCCAGCAGCCUCCAGGGCCCACUGGGCACCCCAACAAGGAGCCUGGCCAGCAGCCUCCAGGGCCCACUGGGCACCCCAGCAAGGACUCUGGCCAGCCCCCAGCGCACUCUGGGCACCCCCAGCAAGGAGCAUCCAGCCCCCGGGGCCCACUGGGCACCCCAGCAAUGAGCCUGGCCAGCCCCCAGGGCCCACUGGGCACCCCAGCAAGGAGCCUGGCCAGCCCCCAGGGCCCACUGGGCACCCAGCAAGGAGACCAGCCAGCCGCAAGGCCCACUGGGCACCCCAGCAAGGAGCCUGGCCAACCCCCAGGGCCCACUGGGCACCCCAGCAAGGAGCCUGGCCAGCCCCCAGGGCCCACUGGGCACCCCAGCAAGGAGCCUGGCCAGCCCCCAGGGUCCACUGGGCACCUCAGCAAGGACUCUGGCCAGCCCCCAGGGCCCACUGGGCACCCAGCAAGGAGACCAGCCAGCCCCCGAGGCCCACUGGGCACCCAGCAAGGAGACCAGCCAGCCCCCGAGGCCCACUGGGCACCCCAGCAAGGAGCCUGGCCAGCCCCUUCUCCCGACCCCUACGGCAUCUAG